CGGCCCCGCCCGCCCUCCGACGGGGGUGCGGCUCCAGGAAGCCGUGCUCGCUGCCCCGAGCGCGGCCCACCCGGCGCGCCCCGCACGGCCCCGCCGACGCUGCCGGACCACCCGGCAGGCCCCAGCGGCCGCGGCUGGGAGCGCCGUCCGGGCUUCGAGCCUCGCACACCACGGCACGGACGGGGCGGGCAGUGCGCGAAGGAGCCCCGGAGGCCAUGGGGACACGGGCCGGGCCAACGGUCGCGGGCCAGCUGUCGCCCCGGACCUGAGAGGUGCGCGGCGGGGCGGCGGGGACCAUGACCUCGGUCUGGAAGCGCCUGCAGCGCGUGGGCAAGCGGGCUGCCAAGUUCCAGUUUGUGGCCUGUUACCACGAGCUGGUGUUGGAGUGCACCAAGAAGUGGCAGCCAGACAAGCUGGUGGUGGUGUGGACCCGGCGGAACCGACGCAUCUGCUCCAAGGCCCACAGCUGGCAGCCGGGCAUCCAGAACCCCUACCGAGGCACCGUGGUGUGGGUGGUGCCCGAGAACGUGGACGUCUCCGUGACCCUCUACAGGGACCCCCACGUGGACCAGUAUGAGGCCAAAGAGUGGACGUUUGUUGUUGAGAAUGAGUCCAAGGGGCAGCGGAAGGUGCUGGCCACAGCCGAGGUGGACCUGGCCCGCCACGCAGGGCCUGUGCCCGUCCAGGUUCCCCUGCGGCUGCGGCUGAAGCCCAAGUCGGUGAAGGUGGUGCAGGCCGAGCUGAGCCUCACCCUCUCAGGGGUCCUGCUGCGGGAGGGCCGCGCCACGGAUGAUGACAUGCAGAGUCUCGCCAGCCUCAUGAGCGUGAAACCUUGUGACGUGGGCAACCUGGACGACUUCGCUGAGAGCGACGGGGACGAGGCCAGCGGCCCGGCGGCCCCCGAGGCCCGGGCUCGAGGCCUCCAGCCAGGCCGGGCCGGUGCCCCGAGGCCAGGGCGCUUCCCAGGGCCCUCCAGGGAGCUCAAGGCCCUUUCUGAGGAGGAAGAGGAGGGCCGAGUGAGGCUGCCGGAGGCAGCUGCCAGCCCUCCCAGUGCUGAGGAGUCCAGCCCAGUCCCUGUGAGUGUCCCUGUGCCCCCGGCCAGGGCCUCCCGGGGCCAGGGGCCAGAACCUGCUGCUGGACCAGGGGGCCCCGUGGGGUGUGAGGCCCCCAGGCCCCCAGAAACCCCCCCAGAGAUGAGGUCCUCGAGGCAGCCAGGCCAGGGCCCGGCCCCCACCCCAGCCCCUCGGCUCCGGAAGGGCUCCGACACCCCCCGCCCCUCAGUCACUCCAGGGCCGGACGCAGGAGCUCCCCCCGCGGGAACGGGCUCUUCCCAGGAGACCCAGGCCCCGGCAAGCCCUGAGGCAGGGGCAGAGGCCCAGGGGGGCAGCCUGGGACAUCCUCCAGUCGUUGAGGACGGAGGCUCCGGGGACUGCCGGGGAGGACAGAGCCCCGAGGUUGCAGAAGGGGACGCUGGGGACAGGCCAGAGGUCAGUGGGGUGGGCACCGAUCGUGGGUCGGAAGUCGCAGAAGCAGACACUAGGUCAGGGGUCAGCACUGCGGAGGCUGAAGACAGUUCAGAGGUUAGUCAGGGGGAUGCUGAGCGGAGGCCGAAGGAGAGACGUGGGGGCGCUAAGGGGCCAGGGGCUACAGGGGCAACGCCCGAGGCUCCUCCAAGGGUCUCUCAGGGGAGGAUGGGGGUCAGGACCGGGGAGGAGGCGUCCCCAGCAGAGCCUCGGGGGCACUCGGGGCAUCUGAAUGACCUCAGCUGGGCCGGGGACACUGCAGGUCAGGAGAGCACAGGCACAGAGGGGAGGGGUGCAGCCCCCGGUGUUGGGAGCUCAGGCCCGGAGCAGGGCCCCCCCGCUGGAGCUGCGAGCACCGGGCCCCAGGUGAGCAGGUGCCCGAGGGCCCCGUCGCCAACUGACCAGGGGGUCUGGGACACAGAUGUUGGGGAGCCAAGGGCCCUAGGAGCAGAGACCGGGGUGGCAGAGUGGGAGGGACAGGGGAUCCGGGAGACGGAAGUGGGGGGGUCAGCGUUCCCAAGGGCAGAGGCUAGGAGAGCAGAAGUUGAGGUCUCGGAGGCACAGGACGCAGACCUGCGGGCUCCAGGGGCAGAAGUCGGGGUACUAGGGGCCGAGGUGUUGGGGAGCCAGGAGACAGAGGCUGGGACUUCAGGAGUAGUGGGGACGGAGACUCCAAUGGCAGAGGCUGAGACGCUGGUGACCCAGGAGAUAUCUGGGGGUUCAAGGGCACUGGGGGCAGAGGCUAAGAUGAUGUUGGGGGCCCAGGAGGCAGAGGUAGGGGCCCCCAGGACACCAGAGACAGAGGCUGGGGGUGCAGAGGCUGAGACAUUGGCAACCCAGGAGAUAUCUGGGGGUUCAAGGGCACUGGGGGCAGAGGCUGAGAUGAUGGUGGCCCAGGAGGCAGAGGUGGGGGCCCCCAGGACACCAGAGACAGAGGCUGGGGGUGCAGAGGCUGAGACAUUGGCGACCCAGGAGAUAUCUGGGGGUUCAAGGGCACUGGGGGCAGAGGCUGAGAUGAUGGUGGCCCAGGAGGCAGAGGUGGGGGCCCCCAGGACACCAGAGACAGAGGCUCGGGGUGCAGAGGCUGAGAUACGGGGGACCCAGAAGAUAGCUUCUGGGGAUUCAGGGGCCCUGGGAGUAGAAACUGCAGUAGCAGAAUCUGAGGUACUGGGGGCCCAGGAGGCAGAAGUCGGGGUCCCAGGAACAGAGGCCAGGGUGCUGGGGGCCGGGGUGUUGGAGAGCGAGGAAACAGAGGCUGGGGGUGCAGAAGCUGAGAUACGGGGGACCCAGGAGGUAGCCGCUGAAGGUUCGGGGGUCCCAGGGAGAGAAGAAGCUAGGAUGGCAGAGGCCGAGGUGUUGGGGGCCCAGGGCACAGCAUCUGGGGACCCAGGGGCUCUGAGGGUAGAAGCCGGGACGAGAGAAUCCGAGCAGGCGGUGGCGGGGGGCUCCCGGGGCCCCGGGACAGCAGGGGGCUGGGAGACAGAGGUGGGGGCUGCAGGGGCCCCAGGGCCAGAGGCUGGGAAGGCGGAGGAACCCAGGAGCCGGCAGACGGGACGCGCAGUUUCCGAGGCCGAGCCUCUGCGGGAAGAGACUGCGGCCGGGGGGACCCCUGGACACGAGGUGCAGAGAACGGCAGGGUCUCAGGCGGCAGCAGUCCCAGAGGGCGAGUCGCAGGUUCUGAGGGCCCCGGGGGCGGAGGCCGGCUCUGCAGAGAGCAAAUGUGUUUCUGAGGCCCAGGAAGCAGAGGCUGGGGUCUUGGGAACUGAGGAGGAGGCAGCGGAGGGAAGCCCCCCAGAGGCCGGCGGGGCAGGGGCUGCAGUGCCCGGGCCCUCGGGGGCCCCCUCCCCAGAGGAGCCGGAAGAGGACAGGAGGCUGCCGGGCAGCCAGGCACCGCCUGCCCUGGUCAGCUCCAGCCAGUCCCUGUUGGAGUGGUGCCAGGAAGUCACCGCCGGCUACCGCGGGGUCCGCGUCACCAACUUCACCACCUCCUGGCGGAACGGCUUGGCUUUCUGCGCCAUCCUGCACCACUUCCACCCGGACAAGAUCGACUACGCGGCCCUGGACCCGCUCAACAUCAAGCACAACAACAAACAGGCCUUCGAUGGCUUCGCGGCGCUGGGCGUGUCGCGGCUGCUGGAGCCGGCGGACAUGGUGCUGCUGUCGGUGCCAGACAAGCUCAUCGUCAUGACCUACCUGUGCCAGAUCCGCGCCUUCUGCACGGGUCAGGAGCUGCAGCUGGUGCAGCUGGAGGGCGGCGGCGGCGCGGGCACGUACCGCGUGGGCAGCGCGCCGCCGAGCCCGCCCGACGCCCUGGACGCGGGGGGCCUGGCGCAGCGGCUGCGGGAGUGCGGGGCCGAGGCGCCCAGGGAGCCCAAGGAGGCCGCGAACGGGGCCACUCCCGGGGCGGCCCCCAGGGCGGCAGACGCGGGCAGCACCUCCAGGGACGGCCUGGCCGCCGAGGCCGCCCGGGACGCGCGACCUGCGGAGGCCGCGACCGAUGGCCCCGGAGCCGGGGCGCCGGGCGGCGUGAGGCUGCGGCGGCCGUCCGUCUGCGGGGAGGCCGGGCCGGUGCCCCCGCCGCGCGCGCACGGCUCCUUCUCGCACGUGCGCGACGCCGACCUGCUGAAGAAGAGGCGCUCGCGGCUAAGGAACAGCAGUUCCUUCUCGGCGGAGGACCCGGACUCGGGGGCAGCGCCCGCGGAAGUCCUGAGCCCUGACCCCAGCACUGCCCCUAGCCCACCAGUAGCUCCAGCCCCGGCCCCAGCCCCCCAGCAGCCCCCUGGUGGGAGCCCCCCGCAGGAGGAGACACCCCCAAGCCCAGGGGAGGAGGCCGGGCUGCAAAGGUUCCAGGACACCAGUCAGUACGUGUGCGCAGAGCUGCAGGCCCUGGAGCAGGAGCAGAGGCAGAUAGACGGGCGGGCGGCCGAGGUGGAGACGCAGCUGAGGAGCCUCAUGGAGUCAGGUGCUGACAGGCUGCAGGAGGAGGUGCUGAUCCAGGAGUGGUUCACCCUGGUCAACAAGAAGAACGCGCUCAUCCGGCGGCAGGACCAGCUGCAGCUGCUCAUCGAAGAGCAGGACUUGGAGAGGAGGUUCGAGCUGCUGAGCCGGGAGCUGCGUGCCAUGCUGGCCACAGAAGACUGGCAGAAGACCGUGGCGCAGCAGCACCGGGAGCAGCUGCUGCUGGAGGAGCUGGUGUCGCUGGUGAACCAGCGCGACGAGCUGGUCCGGAACCUGGACCACAAGGAGCGGAUCGCCCUGGAGGAGGACGAGCGCCUGGAGCGCGGCCUGGAGCAGAGACGCCGCAAGCUGAGCCGCCAGCUGAGCCGGCGCGAACGCUGCGCGCUGAGCUGAGGCCGCCGGGGCGCCCCGCGGAGCCCCCGGCCGCCCGCGCCGCGCCGCGGAGACCCCAGCCUGCCCCGCGGAGACCCCCGGCCGCCCUAUUUAUUUGCCUGUCUUGAGUGUGUGCGUGCAUCGGCGCGGGACCCGCCGCGCGCCCGCGUCCGCUCCCCAGUCCUCGCGCGCCCCGCAGCCGGGCGGAAGAGCUGGGCGCGCGGGGAUGCGGGGCUGUGCGGGCUUCGCGGAGCCAGACGCCCGCGAGGCUGGACUCAGGAAGUCGCGUUUGUAAAGAAGUUGCGCCAGCACAGCCGA